ACACCAUUACAAACCCUUCCAUUAAGGCCAAAUUUCAAAUCCGACUGCAUAAAACUGCAACAGAAACCCUCAACGCCCGACAUUCUUCUCCAGACUAACAGACGAAAAAGCGACAAAGCGUCUGAUCCCGCCAUUUCCCUUCUCAAACCGUUCCAAGCCUUCGAUAAUCCGCUGCAUUCAGAAUCUCCAUCCACCGCCUAUAACCAAGAACCGACGAAAAUGUUUAUCGAAAUUCGCUCACCUGAUUCGAAAUAUCGGCCGAAAUUCUCAUAAGCCGGAUCCGAUACACUUCUUCGCCCUCAGAUUUCACCGAUUCCACGAGAUUUCUCUUGGAAUCUUCUCGCAAUGGCUCAAAACAACAUCCCUGUCAUCGAAGUCUACUGGUCGCUCGUCGACAAGGCCGAUCGCAAGUUUUCUAGGGUUAGGGAUUUGGCCCCGUACGGGAAGAACAGGUACGACAUGUAUUUCCAUAAGGUCUUCAAGAUCUACACGCAGCUGUGGAAGUUCCAGCAGGAGAACCGGCAGAAGCUCGUCGAGGCGGGCCUGAAGCGGUGGGAGAUUGGCGAGAUUGCAUCUCGGAUUGCACAGUUGUACUAUGGGCAAUACCUGCGGACGAGCGACGCGAGCUACCUGUCAGAGUCUUACAUCUUCUACGAGGCAAUCAUGAGCCGGGAGUACUUCAAGGAUGGGUCACCGCUGCAGGAUCUGAGCCUGGCAGGGAAGCAGCUGCGGUACCUUGCGAGGUUUAUGAUCGUGUGCCUGGUAUUGAACCGGAGGGAGAUGGCCCACCAGCUGGUGAAUCAGCUGAGAAUGUUGGUCGAUGAAUGCAAGAGGAAUUUUCCGGACAUGGAUUUCAAAGACUGGAAGCAGGUCGUGCAGGAAAUUGUCAGAUUUCUCAAAGCUGAUACGUCUUUCAUGAAUAUCAGGCCUUUAAGAUAUAGUCUUGUCCUUGACCCUAAUCCAGAUUCCCUUCCAUAUGUUGCUUGUGUGGCAAAGAGAGGUCUAAGGUUACAAGAAGCAAUCUUGAGUAGCUACCGUCAUAAUGAGGUUAAGUUUACAGAGCUCACUCUGGACACUUUUAGAAUGCUUCAAUGUCUAGAGUGGGAACCUAGCGGUUCCUUCUACCAGACAAGAGGAGCUGAAUUGAGUGUAAAUGGCCCUAGCGUUGGUCAGAAUGGGGGUGUUGGGCCCAACCGUGCCACCUUCCCGCAGGAAAUUACAGAUCCUACUUUGCCGCCAAAUCCACGAAAAGCCAUUUUGUAUCGCCCUGCUGUUACACAUUUUAUAGCAGUUCUGGCCACAAUAUGUGAGGAGCUUCCUCAUCAAGGAAUUCUGCUAAUAUAUCUAUCAGCAGCAGGAAAGGGCGGACAGACUUUGCCAUUUCCAACAGGCCGAGGAACUACUGCAAACACUACUGAAAACAUUGUGGAGAACUUCCAAUCCCUUGAUGUGGCCACUGACACACAAUCCACUUCUCCAGUGAGCUCUGAUAGCUCGACCAGUUCUUCAGUUCAAAACAAGGGAAAAAGUAGUUGUGGGGAUGGUUUGUGGUUGGGUUCUCGUGGAAAUGGAGGACUAGACUGCCUUUACCCUUGUGACUUGAUUCCAUUCACAAGAAGGCCUCUUUUUCUGAUUAUCGAUAGCGACAGCAGUCAUGAGUUCAAGGCUUUACAAGGGGCAGAGAAGGGUGAGACAGCUGUGAUGCUCCUAUCUCCAUGCUCUCCAUCUCCACCUGCUACCACUGCUGUAGAUUUUUCUCGUCACCAAAAUGGAAGCCAAUUCACCAUGUUCCUCACAGCUCCAUUGCAGGCUUUCUGCCACUUGAUUGGUUAUUCUGGCUCCAAUAUCCAAAUGGAUGUAUAUAACAGUGCUGAGAAGUUGCUCUCAUCAUUAUUAAAUGAGUGGGGAUUGAUUUUGGCAACUUCAGAUUUCCUGGACCCAGUCUGGGCUGAAAUCUUAUCUGAUCCAUUCCUAAGGCGGCUUCUUCUCAGAUUCAUAUUUUGCCGGGCCGUCCUUGCACUUUAUGAACGGACAUUCAACAAGAAGGAAUAUCAUCCUGAGUGCCUCCCUCAUCUUCCAGAAUCCGUCCUCCCCGCAAGUGCUGCCUGUCAAUCUGCAAUCCUACGUUUAGCCAACAUCUUUGGUGCAGCCAGCCAUUUCAUCUAUUCGGAUAUCAUCACACCGCAUGAAAAUGAAACAUGUUCUGAGGAACCAGCAAUAAUUAAAGCUUCAGACAUCCACGAAGGGCAUUUUGCAGCAGAGAAUGGACACUAAAAAGUCAAAGAGGAGGCAAAAAGCAAUAAUUGCAUCUGGUAGCAGUUGAUUGGCAUGUAGAUUUCCCCUGUAGAGGUAAUGUGUUUUCUUUGGUUUGUAAAUCUCUUUUCUUUCUAUUGAUCCAACGCAUCCUUGUUUUGAGAAA